AUGCAGACCCGUUCCAAGGCAAAGACUCGCCGUGGUCGUCCGUCGGCGCAGCCUGUUGAGGAGGUUGAGGUGAUGGAGAGUCAGCCUCAGGAGUGCCUCCAGAAUGAAGAGCAGGUGUUUCAGCCGCAGCAGGGCACAGGGGUGGCGGAGCCGAACGCAAGUGGCUUUCGUGUUAUUCAGAUCUUGGAGAACUACGGCGUGGCCAGCUCGGACAUCAAAAAGCUGAUGGAGUACGGCUUUUACACGGUCGAGUCAGCGGCUUACGCCCCGAAGAAGGCCAUCCUGGCAGUGAAGGGGAUCAGUGAGAACAAGGCCGAAAAGAUUAUGGCAGAGUGCGCCAAACUCGUGCCGAUGGGCUUCACUUCGGCGGUUGCCUACCACGAGGCACGCAAGGAGAUCAUUAUGGUUACUACUGGCAGCCGCGAGGUGGACAAGCUUCUCGGUGGUGGCAUCGAAACUGGAAGCAUCACGGAGCUCUUCGGAGAGUUCCGCACUGGCAAGACGCAGCUCUGCCACACGCUGUGCGUGACAUGCCAGCUGCCGAUCUCGCAGGGUGGCGCGGAGGGCAUGGCGCUCUACAUUGACACCGAAGGCACUUUCCGCCCUGAGCGCCUUGUGGCAGUGGCGGAGCGGUACAAGCUGGACCCGGAGGAUGUGCUUGCUAACGUGGCGUGUGCGCGGGCCUUCAACACGGAUCACCAGCAGCAGCUCUUGUUGCAGGCCUCCGCCAUGAUGGCCGAGAAUCGUUUUGCGCUCAUCAUCGUUGACUCUGCAACCGCCCUGUACCGCACAGACUACAGCGGCCGGAAUGAGCUCGCAGCGCGGCAGAUGCACCUCGGCAAGUUCUUGCGUUCACUGCACAACCUUGCCGAGGAGUAUGGGGUGGCGGUGGUUGUCACGAACCAGGUAGUGGCCAAUGUGGAUGGCUCGGCACAGAUGUUUCAGGCGGACGCCAAGAAGCCGAUUGGUGGUCACAUCAUGGCUCACGCCUCGACGACGCGGCUUAGCCUGCGCAAGGGUCGCGGUGAGCAGCGUAUCAUCAAGGUGUACGACUCACCGUGCCUAGCUGAAGCCGAGGCGAUCUUUGGCAUCUACAAUGAUGGCGUUGGUGACGCUCGAGAUUGA